UCUCAUCUCUCCUGUCCAAGCUCGCUACAGCUGCACUUUCGAUCGUGUGCUUUGCAACACUCCUCUCUUUCAGACCUGAAGCUUACAUACGACCUGAACCGUCGCCACACUCUCUCAUCUCUCCUGUCCAAGCUCUCUGCAACUGCACUUUUGAUCGUGUGCUUGUAACACUCCUCCUCUCUUUCAGACCUGAAGCUUCUACGACCUGAAGCUCCUACGACCUGAACUGUCGCCACACUCCCUCAUCCUCCAUCGCCACCCACCACAUGCACAACCCACAGACACAGAAGCAGACAGACAUGACCGACGCCAAAUCCAAGCUCGCUUUCUUUGGUGGCUUCGAGAAGCUCUUCAAUAAUCCCGCGCACUCAGACAUCACCGUCGCUGUCGGCACCUUCGAAUUCUUCGCGCACAAAGCCAUCCUCGGCUUACGAACAAGCUUCUUCACGAAUGCCACCAAUCCGUCAUCCGGCUUCGAGGAGGCAAAAGGUGUCGUGUGGAUAGAGGAGCACAGUUGCCAUGCCGUGUGGCGGUUUCUGGUGUAUUGCUACACUGGGGAUUAUCCGGAUAAGUCGAACUGGGAGGAAAUUGAAGACGAUCCGAUCCCCUUGAAGCAUACCCGGGUGUAUGCGCUCGCGGAUAUGCUUGGUGCACCGUGUCUGAAGAGCGUUGCCACGGCGAAACUCAAGGCGACGCUGGAUGACGACUGCAUCGCCGCCGACUUCCACGAGACGGUCCGCGACGCAUACUCCACCACAUACCCGGGCGACAAGGAACUUCGCAACGUCUUGGUCCACGCCACUCGGAAGCAUCUGCCCGAAUUGGUCAAGCACGAUGCAUUCCGCAAGGUUCUGCUCGAGCUUUCCGAGUUCUCGGGACAGCUGGUGCUCGAGAGUGCUGCGGCCCCAAAGAAGGUCACUUGUCCGACAUGCAAGCCGUGCUCGUGCUCGAAGCCGAUGCUCUGCAACUAUUGCUCCCUGUGCAAUAAGAACGUGGAUUUGGUGCCAGGCUUGCAGUGUGGCACCUGUGGGACCUGCAAGAUGGACACGGUUAAGCAUUUUUGUGGGAAUUGCAGUCGGUGGCUUUGAUACUCUUCUUCUCUCUUUUCCGUUCUGUACUGUAUCAUAGUGGUUGAAUAGAGCAGGCAGGUCAUCACUGGCA